AGUUUGCCACCGGCUUGUGGUUUUUAACCAUGUGAAGUGUUAAUAAAAAUCUUUUUUUUUAAACAUAAAUAUUAAUUAAAGCUUUACAUUGUUUUUAAAAGUGAACUGUGGAUAAACUGUUAGAUAUAGUUGUAGUGAUGAAAAUGGAAAUUCCCGCCGUAUUUUUAGUUUUAGCCACACUACUGACAGUGGGCAGCCAGUUCCGGUUCGACUAUUCGUAUGACGAGAAAGCAGGCGGUUGGUUGAAGAUGCACGAGAUACCGGCCACGUUCCAGAAUGCAUUUCGAACGUGCAAAGCUGAAGGCGGUGUCCUGGCGUCACCUUUGACCGAUAACCUCCGGGAGGCGAUGAUACAACUUCACGUGUCUUCCAAGAGCGAUUCCUGCGCCCUCAUCACGGGAAUACACGCGACUAUAUCCAAAGGAGCUUUCACUUCAAUAGAAGGUAUACCCCUGUCGAAGAUAAGAACAGUUUGGGCGCCAGAUGAGCCAGAUAACAAUGGUAACGGCGAGGACUGUCUGGUGAUGCUUAAAAAUGGCACGAUGGCUGACGUGCCCUGCACCGAGACCUACUCCUACGUCUGCUACAAGAAGAAGACCGCGGAGUUGGUGCUCAACGAAUGCGGAACUAUUGACCAAGGUUACAAGUUGAAUCCACGUACAGGCAGUUGUUAUAAGUUCCACAGGGAUGGAGUCGCGUGGACGCGUGCGUACGGGAUCUGUGCAGCGGAGGGUGGCUACCUGGCCAUCAUCAACAGUGAAGAGGAGGCUCAGAUCCUGAAACAGAUGGUGGAUAGCAACCCCCCAGAAAGCCUGUCCACGACAAACUCUUUGUCAACAUCCAUCGGCUUCAGAGAUUGGUCUGAUCACACGAUGUGGCUGACUGUACACGGUCAAACUCUGGAUGAGGCAGGUUACGCACACUGGGCCCCAGACGAGCCCAACAAUGUCAAAUACGACGCGAUUGGAGGCGAGAACUGCGGCAGCAUCCUGAGGUUCGGGAAACCAGGCCUCUUGAACGAUGUCCCCUGCAACCUACCUCUAGCGUUCAUCUGCGAGAUGAAACCCAACGCACUUAAUGACUCUCAAUGACCAAAUAAUAAUACAAGUUUUUACCU